AUGCCAAUGUACCAGAGUGCCAAGGUACCAGGAUGCCAGUGUACCAGAGUGCCAAGGUGCCAAUGUACCAGGAUGCCAAAGUACCAGAGUGCCAAGGUACCAAGAUGCCAAUGUACUAGAGUGCCAAGUACCAGGAAGCCAAAGUACCAGAGUGCCAAAUACCAGGAUUCCAAGGUACCAGAGUGCCAAUGUACCAGGAUGCCAAUGUAUCAGAGUACCAAGAUGCCAAGAUACCAGGAUGCCAGUGUACUAGAGUGCCAAGUACCAGGAUGCCAAUGUCCCAGAGUGCCAAGGUACCAGGCUGUCAUGAUGCCAGAGUGCCACGGUGCCAGGGCGUUGGAGUGCCCGCCUGAGAGUCUGAGACGUCGUGGCUGGCGAUGA